UGGUUUGUUCUUGUUGUGCUCUUGCCCAUUCAAAUUCACAAAACUUACUCACAUGUAAAUGUUUGUCAACAACUUUAAAAAAAAAUAAAACACAUUAGAAAAAGUGUACCUCAAAGCAUCAGACUUUCCAUCAGGAAACUUUUCAUUUGACAAACAAAGUUACCGAGCGGCAGGAGAUAGUAAUAAAACAGCGGCAAAAAAAAGUUUACAUACAAACAGAAGAGCGAAGAACCAACGACAAAACAUAAUCAUAGAAUCGGGAGAAGACAAGUUGGCCAAAAACUUGUUCCAUUUCGAGUGCUUCACCCUUGCAAAACCCGGCACGAGAUAUUUAAUGUAGCAAAAGUGUUAAACUAUGCAACCGAGCGGCGUAUCAGAAAAAGCAUAAAUCUUAGCGCAUGAAAUACGUCGCUUAUGAGCGCGCGUCGUCCAGUAUGGCACGUGUAUUUGCUCACUAACUAUGAAUUCGCCUUCUGAGCGAACUGUUCUGUGGGGUUUGUAUUUUUUUUUCGUUCGUUGCUGCUUUGGUUUCGAAAUGUUUGUUUGCCGAACCAUGGACCAUGGAAAGUCACUCGCUUAUGGUUUUUAGGUCUAUUCUACCUCCGUUUUGCGCUCACACCUUUACGAUUGUUGUGGCAGCCCAGGUUCAGGUUGGCAAAUGUGAGCUGGAAGUGUGGUAAGGCAUUUAGGACACUCGCUGUAUGCCGGGAGUAGACAAAUUCGCCAGCAUCAAGUUCAUUGUAAUGUAAGCUGAAAGCAUCCCUCAGGGUGCUUCAGGUCAUAUUCUACAUUCUACGCCGAUGACCACCGACCGGUUUGGUGGACCGAUGGGUUUAAAACUUUGUGCGAGGUUUGCCACUGUAGUGGCACAAAAAAACGGCCAUGAAAGAAGGGUGAAAAAUGGCAGCCUGUGCAGAAGAAAAAAAAAAACGUCCGGAAGCCCAUCAAACGGUGGCAGAAAAAGUGUACCUUAGUUGAACGCCUUUACGCCGUUCGUUCCUUCCCUGAAGGGCUGAGAACGUCAGCUCACCACAAAACCACUAACAACCCUUUCAACUUUCAUCCUUUAUCUCUGUGUGUCGUUCGCGUGCGGAUGUUCCUUGUUGAGGAGCCGUUUUGUCGAUGUACACGAUUGUUUUUUUGCCUUCGCUCGCCUCUUCAUCUGCUUAUGAAUGUAUUUUCUCUUUGUUCCUUUUCAGGGCAACACCAGUACACCAGUUCCCGCGCAGGAUGAAUGAAGGCAGGAUGCAAUCGAACUGUUUCUGAUCAAUCGUUUAUUCGGUUCAUGGUGGUAAACCGAAUGUGGGUUACUGUGCUGCAAGCGAAAGCUGUGCGUCCAGAUUGCAUCCACAACAGGCUCGCGUGAAUUUCCAACCGAACAAAUGAUGCAGAUUGUGUUGUUGUUCCUGGUGACUUGUGAAUAAACCAAGAGCUCAGAAUGCGAUCGUGUCGAAGAGGGAACUAAUUCGAGUUUUUUUGUGCGGGCAGGGCACUACCCGAAAAACCAAUAUUCUUUUCCGACCAAAGGCGUCCCACGUGUUAAGGAACGGACACUCCACAGUGUCCACACGGCAACCACCAUCGGUACCAUCGGUACGGACAAAAGAUUGAUUAAGGAUAACGCGACGGUACGGCAGAAACGGCGGCUCAACGUCGUUUGCUGGGCCGAUCGCAAACAACCAUGGCCGUUGCGCACACGACGGCUGUCGGUUUGGUGGGAGCAAAUUUAUUCAUCACCAUCAAUCGCAUCAUCCUCGGGUCCUUCAGCAACAUAGCGAUCGGCAUCGGGACCUGCUACUUUCUUGCUCCGGCCGGUCCCGUCCACGGUGCCAUUCGGCUCACCCAGCGCAACAACCAUGCGAACAUAUCGGAACUGUUGGACAACUUGCUACGGGGCUACGACAAUAGCAUUCGACCCGACUUUGGAGGACCGCCGGCAAUCAUCGAGGUGGAUAUUAUGGUACGCAGCAUGGGGCCAAUCUCCGAGGUGGAUAUGACAUACUCGAUGGAUUGCUACUUCCGGCAGUCGUGGGUCGAUCGGCGGUUAGCAUUCAGCGGUGCCCAGGACACGUUAGCACUCAGCAUUUCCAUGCUCGGGCGCAUCUGGAAGCCGGAUACGUACUUCUACAAUGGCAAGCAAAGCUAUCUGCAUACCAUCACGACACCGAACAAGUUCGUGCGCCUCUACCAGGACGGACGUGUACUCUACUCUAGCCGACUUACCAUUAAGGCCGGCUGUCCAAUGAACCUGGAGGACUUCCCAAUGGAUACACAACGCUGUCCGCUGAAGUUUGGUUCGUUCGGCUACACCACGAACGAUGUCCUGUAUCGGUGGAACAGUGGCCGGACGGCCGUUUCCAUUGCAGACGACAUGAAGCUGUCCCAGUUCGAUCUGGUCGAAUGGCCGGCCGGAAACGUGACGGAUCGGGUAGUGCACAACACGGCCAGCGCUGGUGCGACCGUCCUGAAUGGGAUGAACAACGCCGACCUGGAGCUCGGUCUAGGACUUGAUGGAGGCGUCGGCCGUACAACGACGGGUGGCGAAGGCAACGGCAAGCUUUACAUGUCGGAAUAUUCUAUGCUACUGGUGAGCUUCCAUCUACAGCGGCAUAUGGGCAACUUUCUGAUACAAGUGUACGGGCCGUGCGUGCUGCUGGUCGUCCUGUCGUGGGUUUCGUUUUGGUUGAACCGCGAGGCAACGGCUGAUCGAGUUUCACUCGGUAUUACCACCGUACUGACGAUGACGUUCCUGGGUCUGGAGGCACGUACUGAUCUCCCGAAGGUGCCCUAUCCGACCGCGCUUGACUUCUUCGUGUUCCUUUCGUUUGCGUUCAUUUUCGCAACGAUCAUCCAGUUUGCGAUCGUACACUACUUCACCAAGUACGGUUCUGGCGAGUGUUACUUCAGUGUAGACGAGUUGACGUCCAGCUCGGAUGAGGACGAUAGUGACCGAGAGGUGACAGAACGCAAUGGAGCCGGUUCGUCUACCACCCAGCAUCACUCCAUCAACAUCGGCCCAUCCACGUCCAGCCGAUGUGUUGGCAAGCGUUGCUCUACGAUAACCUCCAUCAGUGGGGCUCAGGGUAGUACCUCGACCGAUUCACGCAUCAUCGAGGUUAUUCCGCUGUCCGUGUGUUCUUUCCCACUCACACCAAUGCGGAAGACACCCAAAUCAUCCUGGACGGAUGUUUCUUGUUUCGGUGGAGGUUCGUGUGGCAUCGAAGAGUCUACGAGUGAUCCACAUGCCGGAAGCGGUUCCUCCACGGCAGAGCGGACAGGUACGUACGGGGCCUCCAUUGAUACUGCCACUACCUCGUCCUCGUUUACGUCCACACCGACGGCCACGACGUCCCUCGGUGGUAAGCAUCGACAGCGUUCUGGAACAUCCACAAACCGAUCCGGGACGACACAACAUCUUACCAUUAAUGCGCCGCUGACAGCGUCGGAAAUACACGGUGCCAACGGACAUCGGACACGCAGGCGCAGGAAACGAGCGCCUCGGUUCAAUUCGGUGUCCAAGAUCGAUCGUGCCUCGCGCAUCUUCUUCCCACUGCUGUUCCUGGCCAUCAAUGUGUUCUACUGGUAUCUGUAUCUGUCGCGCAGCGAGCGGCUGCCACAGCAACAUCACAAGACCGGCUAGAGAGAUGGUUUUUCACAAACAAGCAACAACAAAAAAAAGAAUUAAGAUGCUGCCGAUCCUUCCCGGGAAGGUAUUAGAAAGAUAGAGAUAAAAACAAAAUUGUUUAACAAAAGUCAAACGACGAAAUAAAACUAAAAACCAAAUAAUGAGAGUAGUGUAUGGAUCUGUGCCCUCCACGAAAGGUCGCUCAAACGUCGUAAAAGAAAGUAAGUAGUAACAGUAGUAAGGAAACGAAACAAAUUGAACAGCAAGCUAAAACUAACAGUGUUUAUAACAUUAAGCAAGCGAAUCAACCGUUACGCGUAGUGUAGUGAAAUGUAAAAUUGCUAACAAUUGUAUGUGCCAAUGUCGAAAGAAAAAACAAAAUAAAAGUUAGAAAUGAAGCAGUUAAAGAUAACUAAGUUAAAGAGCGUGUAUGGUAAAAUAAAGAAAUAAACGUUAGGAAACAAAGGAAACCGAACAGUGAGCAGAACGGCAACAUUACUAUAUUCAAUUGUCAGUUAGAAUUCGCGUUGGGACCAGAUGCGCUUACUAGAAAGAAUUGAUUAACGACUGGGUAUGGGAAUAUUCGGGGCAGAAUUAGUGAUUGCACAGCAUCAGCAAAGAAAGGCAGGGAGUUUCUGGUCAAUUUAUCGGGCAAUCGCUCCACCGUGAAGGGUUGGCGGAUGUGUGCCGCCGCAGUACAAGUUGAUAGCAAAGCAAAACGUUACCACUAGCAGAGAUUUAAAGUAAAUUUAAAACAAAUUGCCCAUAGUAAACGAUGUUGGAUGUGUGUCGGAAGUAGUAUAAAUAAAACCAAUAGUGUUCA